UAUGAUUUUACACCACUAUUUUCUAUUCGAGAUUGUGAUUUGGUCAGAGUUUUAUUUUACACAAGGAAUAUACAAAGGACAUGACAUCAGUAUAGACGUGGCACCAUAUCAAGUGAACUACGGAGAUGUGUGUGGAGGUGUGCUGCUCCAUCAACUGUGGGCAUUGACUACAGCACAUUGCGGAACGGAUAAAUCGUACAUCAGAGUCGGCAGUAAGCAUAGACUUGUUGGUCCAAAGGUCGUCAUCAAACGUCACUUUAUACAUCCAAAGUAUGGAUAUGAACAUAUCUUCGAUUUUGAUGUACAGUUAUUAAAAUUGCAAAGAAAGCUGCACUUUAGUCAAAGAAUAUCAAACAUUCAGAUCAGUAACGAAUGUGGGGACAAUAUUGCUGUGACUGGAUGGGGUUAUCCUGUAGAAAGAGGUGACUACAAAGACAUACUUCAACAAGUAAGAGUACCGAUUAUCCCAAUCGAUGAGUGUCAACAGAUCAAAGAAUUCUGGUACAAUAACACUCUUACGACCAGAAUGUUUUGUGCAGGCGGAGAAGAUGGGGACGCGUGUCAGGGCGACAGCGGCGGUGCAGCGGUGUCAUUCGGCAAGCUCGUCGGCUUGUCGUCUUUCGGCUACGGCUGUGGUCGGAAUGUACCAGGCGUGUAUACCAACGUGUCUGAUGCUCAAAUUAUGUCGUGGAUACAGAGAUAUGUUUCGGUGUAAAAUUAAUGAAAAUAUUGAAGAAAGGCUAGAAUAGACUAUGUAGACCGUAAAAAAUAUUACUAUUUUUUAAUUAUUAUUAUAUUAAUUGAACAGUAUUAAUAGCGAUACUGUCCACGAUAUGUUUAGACGAUGUAGUUCAAAUACAGUGAAGGUUUCAUUUCGUUCUCAAUCAAACAACAACUCACGCUUGUAACGCAGAGAGGUAGGCAGAAAUCAUGGAUCGCUAUUUGGCACGGUUAACUCUCAGGCAAUUUUGCCUCAUAUUUUAUUCGCUACUGAUGAAUCGUGGUUUAUGGGAAAGAUUCUUGGAGUUGUCGCAAUCGACGCAUAAUGGCUGUUAAGAGCUCAAUUAACACUAUGCGACCAAUUACUAAAAGGCAGUUUCAAUCCAAAAAAACAUUACAUGCAAUUCGCCCUUUUCAUUUAACAAAAUGGAUAGAGUGCAGAUAAGUUUCCGCAUAUUGGGGAUACAAUGUGAAAACACUAACGCAAUAUCGUUAAAAGAGAGCACUCCAGCCGAAUGGGUGACAGACAGUCGAAACUGCGUAUCGGUAUUCCGCCAUGAAAUAUUCGAAUGCAAAAAUCCCCGGAAAAUAUUUCCCAUUUUACCAAAGCCCCCCCUUCGUAACUCCCUCUCCGAUAUACGAAAGUACACUGCCCUACCAUUAUAGAGUAUUUAAUAUACAUAAAACACGCCUAUGUAUACGCCUUGUUAAUGUAAUUAUCUGGCUUCAAUUUUGUAUAAAACGGCGUGUGUGAGUCCGCGGAUCGUGCAAGUUUGAGUGCAUUGCGUGUGUAUACACAACGUCGACGCUAUGCAUGUGUGCGUUUAUUUUAUCUACAGUGUUUGCCGUAUAUUGACGUAGGGGGGUAACCCUAACACCUUCGACACCCCAAAGGAGGAGUAGGGUGGCUGAUGACGAUGACGAGUCUGCGCAGUUGUGUGAGGGAGACGGCAAUUCAACUAAAUAGUGCUUGACUAUUCCACCCCACCGGAAUGACUAUGGAGAUGAUUAAUACAAGUGAUUUUACCACGAAUUGCCCGCUAUUAUUGAUCUAUGACCGCACGCAAGUCUGGUGGUAGGGUGAAACGGUAGAAUAAAAUCAUCAUCAACGCCUGCUUAAGAAAAAUUGCAAUCAUUCGUGUAAACGUAUUAUUAAAAUGAACCUUAUAAAAAUCUGAAUAAGAGUCAAUGUAGAAUAUACUUGCAGAUUUUUCAAACGCAAAAUGUAACAACUUUGAAAUUGUCGCAUAGGACUUGCAUAUUAGAGCUUAACAGCGAAUACAUGUUUACAUUGAAGUGACUUCUCACCUUCUUUUAAUUUAAAAAAAAAAGCUUCGAAAUAACUUUAGUAUUAAUAAUUCAAUUAAGGGACAACGUCAAACUAUAUUUCGAAAAACAAAUGAAGACAUUAAGAUUAA